AUGGCGGAAAUGCUCCUGAAGGCACAGAAGUACAUGAAUGCUGAAGAUGCUUUAGCUGCCAUAAAGGAUGCCGAGAAGCCAGGCGACAAGGCCAAGAGGGAAGACGAUCGCAGGGGGCAGAAGAGAGAUCGACCAGAUCGUCGGAACAACGACUGGAAUAGGAGGAAAGAUGAUAAGAAUCCUCGGAUGGUAAGAUUUACUCCUCUGGUCAUGCCUGUUGACAAGAUUUUCACGCAGAUCAAGGACGAGCAUUAUCUCAAAUGGCCCAGACCAUUGCACUCGUCCCCCAAUGUCCGCGACAAGAACAAGUAUUGCCGGUUCCACAAGGAUCACGGCCACAACACGGAAGAUUGCAGGGACCUAAAGGAGCAAAUAGAGGAGUUAAUACGGAAAGGGAAGUUACAGAAAUAUGUGAAGAAAGGAGAAUAUAGCAAGUUCAAAGACGACAAUAAAGCCCAGCAUGAAUCCUUCUCCCGGGAUGACGACCGUCCGUCCCAACCUCCAAACAAGGUGAUCGGGGAGAUCAACACGAUUAUAGGAGGGCCGUUCUCAGGAGGGUCGUUUAAAUCACUCAAAAAGGCAUACCAGAGACAGGUUAACAGCGACCCCUUGGUCAUAAUGUCCUUCAAUGAAGGAGACGCCAUGGGAGUGAAGCAGCCCCACAACGACCCCUUGGUCAUAAUGUUAAACAUAGAAGGGUUCAAUACCAAAAGGAUCCUCGUCGAUAAUGGCAGCUCCGAGGACAUCAUCUACCUCCCAACAUUCCAGCAGCUGAGACUAGAUCCAAAAAGACUGCGCCCUUUUGACUCUCCACUCGUCAGUUUCAGUGGAGACAGGGUCUACCCUAAGGGUAUAGUGACAUUGACGGUGACGGCGGGGACCUACCCAGUGCAGUUGACUCGGCAAGUAGAUUUCCUGGUGGUGGAUUGUCCCUCAUCCUACAUUGUCAUCAUUGGAAGACCCACGCUUAACAAGUGGAAGGCGGCAACGUCAACUUACUGUUUGAAGGUAAAAUUCCCAAUAGAUAAUGGUGUCGGUGAAGUGAAAGGAGAUCAAGUCCUGGCAAGAGAAUGCUACCAAGCCGUCCUGGCUGGGAAGGAGAACCACACGUGGAUGAUUAAGGAGAAGGAAGAAGAUAGGAUAGAGGCCCUGGAGACGGUGGAGUUGGUAAAAGGAGAGGCGAACAAGACGACCAAGAUAGGAACGAUGUUGAGCCCCGAGAUGAGAACAAAACUCAUAAGGUUCCUCAAAAAGAAUCUAGACGUCUUUGCAUGGAGUCACGAGGACAUGCCGGGCAUAUCCCCAGAAGUCAUCCAGCAUAAGUUGAAUGUGGACCCAGAAUGGAAACCCGUCCAGCAACGAUGA